GCUGUGGACCGAUGUGCUGGCCGAAAUGUCCCGACACAUCUACAUCAGGAACAAGAUCGGAGAGGGCAUCCAAGCGCCCAUUUUUCAGGUGAAUCGAGGGACCUACUCUAGAAGGAGCCGGCUGAAGAGGUCUGAUGGCAGCACCACCUCCACCAGCUUCAUCCUCAGACAGGGCUCAGCUGAUUCCUAUACUAGCAGACCAUCAGAUUCAGAUGUCUCUCUGGAAGAGGAGCGGGACAUUCAGGCUCAGGUCCAGAGCCAGAGCCCCAGCCAGAGCCAAGGACCGGCCCAGAGCCGCCAGGAGAGGGAGCAGCAGGCCACCGUUCAACUGGAGAGAGCCAAGUCGAAACCUGUGGCCUUUGCUGUGAGGACAAACGUCAGCUACUGCGGUGCCCUGGAUGAGGAUGUUCCAGUUCCAGCUACAGCCAUCUCCUUUGACGCCAAGGAUUUCCUCCACAUAAAAGAGAAGUUCAACAAUGACUGGUGGAUAGGUCGGUUAGUGAAGGAGGGCUGUGAAAUCGGCUUCAUCCCAAGUCCUCUGAAACUUGAGAACAUCCGGCUCCAGCAGGAGCAGAAAAGAGGACGAGUCCAAGGUAAGUCUGGAGGGAACUCUUCUUCUAGUGUGGAGGAUGAGGUCUCUGCCUCUAUCCGCCCGCUCAUUUCCUCUGCAGGGAAACAGAAACAGAAAGUGGCGGAGCACAUCCCCCCCUAUGAUGUGGUUCCCUCCAUGAGGCCUGUGGUGCUUGUCGGACCCUCCCUCAAGGGUUAUGAGGUAACGGACAUGAUGCAGAAAGCACUGUUCGACUUCCUCAAGCACAGAUUUGAUGGAAGGAUAUCAAUCACACGAGUCACAGCGGAUAUUUCUUUAGCAAAGAGAUCUGUCCUCAACAACCCGAGUAAGAGAGCCAUCAUCGAACGAUCCAACACUCGCUCCAGCUUAGCUGAAGUUCAGAGCGAGAUUGAGAGGAUUUUUGAGUUGGCUCGCUCCCUACAGCUCGUCGUUUUGGAUGCCGACACCAUUAACCAUCCAGCCCAGCUCCUAAAAACCUCACUGGCUCCCAUCAUUGUUCAUGUCAAAGUCUCCUCGCCAAAGGUGCUGCAGAGGUUAGUGAAGUCCCGGGGAAAGUCUCAGAGCAAACACCUGAAUGUGCAGCUGGUGGCAGCUGACAAACUGGCCCAAUGUCCUCCAGAAAUGUUUGACAUCAUCCUGGACGAGAACCAGUUGGAGGAUGCCUGUGAGCAUCUCGCCGAAUACCUCGAGGCCUACUGGAAGGCGACCCACACCUCGAUGGCCACACCCCUGAACCCCCUCCUGGGACGUAACCUGGGUCCCACCACGCUCACCCCAUACCAAACCAGCAUCUCUGGACUACAGCAGAGCCAAAGAAUGCGACAGAGCAACCACACGGGCGACCACUCCACGCCAAACGAGCGCCGCAAUCUGAUGACGUCAGACGAGAACUACCACAAUGAGCGGGCGCAUAAGGGACGCAACCGCAUGUCCUCUGGCUCGCAGCACAGCCGAGAGCAGCAGGACCCCUACCAGGACUACCAGGACCCCUAUCAGGAUGCAUACAAGCCACAUCGUAACCGCAGCUCGCCGGGCAGCUACAGCCACGACUCCCGGCACCGACUCUGAGCCAAACUUGAGGCUAAAAUGGGCACGAUUCCAUCCGAAAUUAACGCUGCAACAGAGCCAAGAAGGUCCCAAAUUGUACCUCUUUUGUUUUGUUUGCUUUUUUAAUCUUUACAAGCCCAAAAAAAUCAUGAUUUACUUUGAUUUACACUACCAGAGCGAGCUCCAAACAACAGCGUGAGUGUUCAAAACAUUCAGGAUGGCAACUUUUACUAAAGCUGAUCCUUAAAUUUAUGUUUCUGGGACCUUUUGGGAUGUAAAGUGUUGAGAAAUGACAUUCAGCAGAUGUAAAGUGCAGACUCUGCUAGCUGCAUAAGCUAACUGUGGCUAGCAUAAAGACCGGUAUGAUGCUCAACGGGCUUUUUGCGCCUGGAGCAUCGCUACAAGUUCAGAGGGACGAUCACUCAGACUGCUGCAGGCUGCCCAAGCCAUGUAAAAAUCCUCUCACCAUUUAGCUUAUUGCAUGCUGAUAGAUGAUCAAUCUGCAUCAUUGAUGUUUUGUACUUAGCAUCCUGGAUUCUCAGAUGGCAACAGUGAGGUAUAGAUAAAAAGGGAUUUAUGUACAGAAGAAAUCUGGCUGCUAGUUUAAAAACUGGUGCUUUACAUUCCAGAGAUACUUUCUUUAUUUUAAGUCACUUUUUUUUUUUUUUUUUUUAGCACAGCCAGCUUUUCUGUAGCAUCGCUUUAAGAUUUGAUUUGACCCUCGUCGUCAUGAGUGUGAGCAGAAAGUGACGGCACCAGGAUCAGAGAGGGCAAUACUGCUUCUCUUCUAGCACUUAGAGAGUCCCAUGAGGAGAUAGCUGUGAUGGAGAAACAAAUUUCUUAUGUCUUGUUUUUGUCCCUGCCAGCGUGAAGAACAAAAUUUUGAGCAACGUCUUUGUUUGAUAGACUUAAAAAGCAUCUGCUGCAUAUUUAAAAUUGCAUUUAUAUCGAGGUUGUACAGCAGUAAAACGAAGGUUCGUGGCUGAUUAGAGUAUUUUUUCAAGCAUUUAAAAUGUGACACUGCAGCAUCAGUUGCAUCAUCCUCUGUUUGGCUGGCAUGUUGCCCCGACUGCAGAGCAUGCUCCUUCUAAAAGUUAAGAUAAAACCCUUCUGUCUUCAAGUUGAUGUUUGUAGAGUUAUAGGGUAACUUUCUUUAAAAAAAAAAUUAGACAAAGGAUGGCUAAAAUCACUUAACAGAGGAACUGUGAGUUUCUGAGGGCAUUUCAGCCGGUUGCAUGACUCAAAAAUGGAUGAUUUAAGUUUCUUUUAACCCAAAAUUAUGUCGUAAACUUGAAAGAAGCAGCUUUCUAACAAAAACGAAGCCCAAACCCUUAACAAAUAAAAGGUUUGUCUAUAAAGAAUGAGUUUUUCUUACACUAAUGGUGCUUUGCCGGGAACAGAAAGCUGCCCCGGUUGAUUUAAAAAUGUUUUAUUUUUAUAUUAUCUACAUUUGCCAUAACUUUCAGAUUUAGCCAAAUUACUGAAUUACAUCCAGCAAAAUUGAUGAAAAAUUCAAAAAGAGCAUUCACAGUUUACUUAUCACAUCUUUUUAUCGCUCAAUGAUAGUCUUCCACACUCUCUGGAGCAGCUUUGAGAUCCUUAUUUCUCUUGAACUGUAUAUUGAAUCAGGAAAUUCACUUUGGAGCAUUCAUUUUAAGGUAAUAUACUGUCUAUCUGACCUGUUUUGCAAGAGAUGUUAAGCCCAUCUGUCUUCUUCCUCUUAUCUAGAAUCAGGUUGCCAUUGCAGCAGGCUGAGCGUAUUAACACAGACAUCUCUCUCCCCAGAGAUCCUGAUGCAUUCCCAGUCCAAAAGGGAUAUAUAAUCCUUCCAGCAAGUUCUGGGUCUGCACUGAGAUCUCCUUCCAGUUGCUCAGAAGACCUCCAGAGGGAGGCGACCAGGAGGUAUUAGCUUUAUGAUCGUAUUCUUUCUAUCAGUUCCCAAUACUGAUGACCAUGGGAGAGGGAUGAAACAUAGAUUAUUUAAGGUAAAAGAAAAGAAACAAGUAGAUCCAUUUUGGCAGUUCCCAUUAUGUUCUUUUGGUUUUUUUUUAGGACUCGUGUUCUUUCCCCUUUUUUUGUAAUAGGUAUUUAAUGCAAGCUGUACAUACUGUAGGCAUCAUCUCCCCUUAGAAAUAACAGACCUACAGAUUAAAACCAGUAAUAAAACUAAAAUCAGCAGUUUUGUCUUAAAAAUAAAUUCUGAUGCUCUUUGACUGAUAAGCUGUAAAUAUCCUUUAUCAGCUGUCACCCUUAGAAAUGCGCAAAAUCUAAAUAGCGCAAUAAAAAAAAUGGUUACCGAACACCAGAAUUUUGAAAACCCCUCAAAUAUCGCUUAAAAGUUUUUACACUAGAAACACAUUCAAAGCGCAAUUGUACUUAGUCAAAAUGAAAGAAAUAUCGCUUUCAUUUUGCGAAAAACUCCACUGGAAACCCAGCUUCUAUCAGCCAUUGGCCACAUGUAUGGUCAUGUUAAUGGAGGACCAACAGACCUAUGUUUAUUCAUUCCUUAAUUUCUUCUAUUACCAAAAAUCCAACAUCAUGCCUCCCUGCUCCUAAGAGUGAUAACCUGACUGCAGCUUGUUAAACUAAUCUUCCCGUAACAAACAGUUGCAAUUAAUAAAAUAAAUUUUUUCAAUAGAUCUUCAAAUUGUAAAUGAAAUGCCUUUUCUGGAUCAUGUCUUUUGCAGUGCUUGUAGUCAGAGCAAAGGUCUUCCAUGUUUUCUGGUUGGCAGUCGUUUUU